UGUUUGUCUUUGGCCAGUUGCUGCAUGACUGAAGCAGCUACUUUCAGCUGGUGUGUGGACAUGGAGCGCAUUGAGGGCUGUGGGGUUUACCCCAGCGGGCAAAAUUGCCUAAAAAGCAACCACCUAAUGUUUCUGUUCAUGGACUAAAACCGGGCAACAAGAAGGAAAGUGGAGGGGGAGGGGGAGAGCUGCGUGUAGCCAGCCGGCUUAAGUUAAAAAAGAACCCAAGGUGGGGGAAAAGGAUGGCCAAGCUACCAGGAAACCGAGCAGUCGCGCUGAGCGUGUUAUGGAGCAAGGCUGGAGGAUCCACAGUGUAUCCAGUGCCGGCUUCCCCUGCACUCGGCCCCGCCGCCGCGACCCUGCUGAAUCCUGCAGGCGGCUUCACCUUGAGGAGAUGGAGGUCCACCUCCUCCUUGACUGGCUGCUCUGAACUAACCAGGGAAAGAUCGAAAACUGUCACCUCUUUCUACAAUCAAUCUGCCAUAGAUGCAGCAGCCGAAAAGGCAUCCGUACGUCUAACUCCGACUACCAUGUUGUAUUCAGGGAAAACCCCCGAUGGGAGUCAUAACCUGCGGAGUGCCAAGUACCUCUACAACGAAUUGCCUGUCCGCAUCGCCCAUCGGAUUAAGGGAUUUCGGAGCCUUCCCUUCAUCAUUGGCUGCAAUCCCACAAUUCUGCAGGUGCACGAGCUAUACAUCAGAGCCUUUCAGAUGUUGUCCGAUUUCCCACCAAUCACCGACACCAAGUCAGAGACUCAGUACUGCAAGAUGAUUCGUCAGCUCUUAGACGACCACAAAGAUGUUGUCACGAUGCUGGCUGAAGGCUUCAGGGAAUGCCGUAAACACGUGCAGGAUGAGUCAUUAAUCCGUUCAUUCCUGGACAACACGCUGACCUCCCGUCUGGGAAUCCGAAUGCUGGCGACACAUCAUCUGACCCUGUACGAGAAUAAUCCUGACUUUGUGGGAAUUAUCUGCACACGACUGUCUCCAAAGAGGAUCAUUGAGAAAUGGGUAGAUUUUGCUCGAGCGACGAUGGAGAGUCACCUUGACACUCCUUACAACGUCCCUGACGUUGUGGUCACCAUUGCCAACAACGAUAUUGAUUUCAUUAUCAGGAUCUCGGACCGCGGCGGCGGGAUUCCCCAUGAUAUCAUCGCCAAAGUGACAGACUAUCACUUCACCACAGCUGAGGAGAGCUCUCAGGAUCCCAGGAUGAACGCCUUUUAUGGCCACACAGUCAACAGUGGCCCACAGUCGGGACCGAUGCAUGGGUUUGGCUUUGGCUUGCCCACCUCCUGUGCUUAUGCCAAGUACCUGGGAGGGUCUCUGUCCAUUCAGUCCAUGCAAGGCAUCGGAACAGACGUGUAUCUGCGCCUCAAGCACAUCGAUGGGAAAGAAGAAAGUUUCCGCAUCUAGCUAAUCAGUUUAAUCCUCUGAUGUGGAGAUUAUUGAUAAGUGGUUGUAUAGCAUUAUCCCUAAGCUCCAAAUACAACUGGACAUAAACUCCCAAUAAUUCUGAAGAACUGCUUUUGGAUAUGAAGGAAGUAGAAAAAGUCUGGGGGAAGGCCAUCUCAGCAUCGCUUGCAUACUAGAGAGUGGAGUGAAGGAGCCCUGAUUGAUGGUGAAAGGAGGGAUUGCUGGGGGAAAAAAAAAAACUUACAGGACUAUUAAGUUAUUCAGCUUGGCUUGAAUGGAUUUUGAAUCAGAAGAGAGGACUCACAUGACUGAACUGAUGCUGAAGAUGGUGGCUGGGUGAACUGUCUCAUACAGUGAUCAGUCACUUGGCCAGCAGUGCCCUCUGCUGGUUUGUGUCUGCAUUUUCUUUCCAGGCAAAUGGUUGAUCAUUGAAGACUAGAGUGGAAGCAGAAAAGAAAAUCCCAACCCACAUAAACAAAACAGAACACUUUUUAACCCUUUGGAUGUAGAGAAACAUUUAUUUACUACAGUUUAAUACAAGCAUAGUACAAUAAUUUCUGAAUUUUAAUCUUUUAUAAGAAUUGAUGUUAACUUUCUGUAUUUGACAAUCAGAGGCUACCCAUUUUCCUACUGAAACUGCAGUUUGUUCUGCAUUGCAGAAAUUUGAAUAUUAACACUCACCCUGUGUGUCGUGAGAAGAAAAAUGGUUUUCAUUCUGGAUAAUACCAAAAAAAAAGUUCAGUGUAAAUGCCAUUCCUUUAAUUUGUUAUCAGUUGAAAUUGCAGUAAUUUUCAGUGCUGGUGCUCCCUGUUUAAUCUGAAGCUGCUGCCCACAGAUUAGAAUGAUGGGGUUCUCUAGUCAUCUGAAGUGCAGGCACUGCAGGAAUGACCUGCUGAAAGGAAAUAGCCAAUUUGGAAUGAGUCUAAAGGAAUUGUUCGCACAUAGUUACCACACCAUAACAAUGACCCAGAUGUUAUUACAGAUUCCUGAUGUGUCGAUUCACUUUCCAAACCAUCAUAGCUUGCAGCAGCAACUUAUAUGGUUAAGCCAUCUAAGGCUCCUAUGCUUAAAGUUAACUUAAUCUGACCAUUUACGCAUAGAUGCUCUGACGACUUGCCAUGCUGUGGCUCUUUCUCAGGACCUUUUUAUGCUGAGGUUGGGCCCCACUCCUGAUAUUACGUCGAGACACAGGCCAGUGUAAUUGCGCCAAUUCCUGAGGUUUCAAUUUUCAUCCUCCGAAAAGCUUCCUGACUCUCAUCAAUUUUCCUGUUUUCCCCGUCGACUCUGUCUAACAACGAAUACCACGUUACAGGACAAGACUUUAUAAGUGUUGGAAUGGCGGCUUGAAAGGCACUGGAAGCUGUGAAACAUCCAGGAUGCAAAUACAAUGGCGACUGCGGAAAACCCUUAAUACAAAUAACACAUGGUUUAAAGAGUUCAUUCCUUUUAGCACAGAGAAAAAGAUGGCUACUUUGAUCAGAAUUGGUAUUUUUGUGUGAGUAACCCUAUUCCCAUCCACAAAUAAUAAAGAAAACACAUUUGAUAUCUAAAAAUGUUCAUUUUUUCUGAACAGGUUAAAGCGUAGUGAAUUCCUGCUAUGACUUAAUUAUUUUAAAUUGCAUUUAAUGUUCAGAAAGAAGUCAAAAUAAAACUUGGGACAUUA